AUGUAUUUCGCCACUGCCUUUGCUAUCGCUGCUGUCUUAGCCUUCGGGCCGGACAAUGUUAUCGCUAGCAGGCGAAUGUGUAUACUCACACUUGCCGAAAAAACCCAAAAUCCCGAGAAACCGAAUUUUUUAGAGGACACCUAUCAAGAGGUUGAAGCCCCAGCAGCAGCUAUGUUAUCAUAUGGUGGUCAUGAAAUUCAUUUUGAACUUGACAAGAAUUGCUGGCCAAGGUUGAGGCACGGCAGCGCUGUACCACCGGGGUAUAGUGCGCAUAUUUACUCAGAGGGAAGCGAUAAAUACCCCCCUACAUCGGCGGUUAUCGAGGGUACUCAUGUUCAGAAACUGCCGGGUUUUAACCCCAAAGGAAACGUUCGCUUUUAUGAAAAACUCAUAGGAUUAAGUUGA